AGGCUUGGUCUGUUUGCACAAAGAAAGAGAGAGAGGAGGGAGGUGAUACUGAUAAGAAACUGUAGGAUAAAGGUGAGGUUUCAUAUAGACAUACAUACAGAAAGAGGAUCAGUUUUACUCCGUCCACUGCAGUACAAACAAUGAUGAAGUUUCUCAUAUUGGCUGUUGUUCUCAUGCUGGUCGUAACAGGCGGCACGGCCCUGGACUGCCAUCUCUGCACCCCGGUUAAAGCGGGAGGGGCCUGUGAGGUCAGCGCUGUGACCUGCCCACCGGAGAAAGACGCGUGUGCCGCCGCUAAGUUUCGCAGACAUCCAUAUGGUCAUUUCCAAAAGUGCAUGUCAAAGUCAGACUGCGAGAUGCAGAAGCAGAACGCCUACAUCAACAUCAAGUGCUGCCAGAAGGACUUCUGCAACACCUUUGACUGAUCUGAGCCGGAUGCAUAAAACAGCUUAGAUUACGCAUGAUGAUUAUGCUUCUGAUUUGUGACUUUAAAACAAAAUAAAGCAAUAUUUCCUCACUGAA